AUGCCUGAGGCAUCAGGAAACACUCCUAAUCUUAUAGACUUCAUGGCUGCAUUAGGCAAUAUGGCAGCAGCAAUGCAAGCGACAGCUGAAGCCAUGGGAAACCAAAUUAAUAAUGGAAACAAUGGUAACAAUGACGAGAACGGUCCAAUGUCACUGCAUUCCUUCUUGAACGUUCACCCUCCAACUUUCAGAGGGACCUCGAAUCCAACCAAUGGUGAUAAUUGGAUACAGGCCAUUGAGCGAGCAUUACAGGCUCAACAGGUUCCGGAUGAGAAGUGGAUUGAGUUUGGGACCUACCAGUUGCAUGGUGAAGCUCAGCACUGGUGGCAGGGCAUGAGGCGCAUUCUGCAACCUGAUGGGAUUGUGAUAUCUUGGGAGUUGUUCCGAGAUGAAUUCUAUAAAAAAUAUUUCCCCACUUCAGUUAGAAAUGCCAGAGAACUUGAACUACUUCAGCUUAAACAGGGACAGAUGACUAUCACUGAAUAUACCAGUAAAUUUGAGGAAUUGUGCCACUUCUCACACAUCUGUCAGGGAGCUCCUGAGGACUUUACUGAGUGGAAAUGUAUAAAGUAUGAAGGAGGCCUUAGGAGUGACAUUCAGAGCUUUGUGGUGCUUAUACAGAUUCGGGUGUUUUCUGAGCUGGUGAAUAGGAGCAGGGUGGCGGAAGAUUGUGUCAGAAGAGCUGCAGCAGAAAAAAGGAGUCUGAGGAUGCCAUUCCAGAGGACCACAGGGAGGAACUUUGCACCCAGAGGCAGACAGUUCAAGUGUGGUGGCUUUGUCCCUCAGAACAAUCAAGGGUUUGGGACUAGAGUCUGUUACUUCUGUGGGCAGCCGGGACACUUGGCUAGUAGUUGCCCCGAGAAGAAGGGGUAUGAGACAGGCAGGGUGCAGCAACCAGGAAGGGUAUACACUACUUCUUCUAUAGGCGCUGAGGGGUCAAAGGCAUUGAUCCGAGGUAAAUGUGAGAUGGCGGGUAAAACUUUGAAUGCUUUGUUUGAUUCUGGAGCUUCACAUACUUUUAUUGCAUUUGAGAAGGCUGAUGAGUUAGGACUGAAAAUAGUAGUACUGGGGUAUGAUUUAAAGGUAUACAAUGCUACCCAUGAGGCUAUGGUGACUAGGUUAGGGUGCCCCAAGUUCUUUUUCGAGUACAAGGGCGUGAUUUCGUGCAUAAGUUAA